AUGGGGUCCUUGGCACAUGGCUCAAUGUGCGUGAUCGACUUUCAAGUACAUAGCUCAGAAAAUGAAAAGAAGACCCCAAAGCAGAAGGUCAAAAUAGUGGUAGACGAAAAGGUAAAGGAAAAGGAAGCCAAAAAGGAGAAAGAGGAAAAGAAACCAAACAAGGACAAAGAGGAUCCCCCCAAGUAA